GCGCCGUGGCCAAGCAACUGCGCGCGUAGCCAUGCCCUGUUAGUUUUGCUGAGGGGACGAAACUACUGCAAGACGUCAGUUGCAGCACUGCUGCAAGUUCUAGCACGCGUGCGCCCGAAAUAGAGUACGGAGAGCAUUGCACUGCUGAGCACGGUGAUGCGUGCGCUCUUCCUGCUGUGCUGCGGAGCUGCCGCGAGCGCAGCGGUCACCGAACCGCGCGUCCUCCUCAAACUCAGCCCGCUCAUCGGCGGCCCGAAGCUGCUCCGCGUCCACAGCCAGUUAUUCGUCGACUCGGGCGCGGGCAUUGACGGCUGGGACUUCGUACCAAAGGACGCGACGGCACCUGCCACCCUCGCGCGGCUCCUGACGCUGCGCGCGGCGCCCGGCGACGCUAGGCGUCUCGUGGCGAAUGAUGGUGUAGGCAUGUACGACGUCGGCGCGGCGGCCGCGGCAUCAUCAGACGCCAUCGACGCCGCCCUCGCCGAGCGGCCGACGGACCUGCAUCUCAUUUCGAACAACUGCUGGAGCCACACGAUCGACGCCGCGGCCGCGGCGCUCGGCACGGACCGAGGCGGGGCCGUUCGAGCGCUCGUCGGCGCCGUGCUAAGGCGGCGACCCUGGCGGCCAGUAGCGCGACCGCCGAUUGAGCGCGAUUCCGUCGCGGAAGCGCUCGCCGCGGAAAAGUCGAAACGCUACGGGACCUCGCUGGCGGGACUUUUCUCCGAAGAGGACCGUGCUCGCGCCGGGGCAUCGAUCAAAGCGGCGCUCGCCGACGAGGCCGAGCCCCCCGGUUAAGCGUUUCUAGAGAAUCA